GUAAAAUGUGAUCAAUACUGGCCCACGAGAGGGACAGAAACGUACGGGCUCAUCCAAGUAACAUUGUUAGACACAGUGGAGUUGGCCACAUACUGCGUCAGGACACUUGCACUUUUCAAAAAUGGCUCCAGUGAAAAGAGAGAGGUGAGGCAGUUCCAGUUCACCGCCUGGCCGGACCACGGGGUACCAGAACACCCCACUCCGUUUCUCGCCUUCCUCAGACGAGUGAAAGCUUGCAAUCCCCCAGAUGCGGGGCCCAUGGUGGUGCACUGCAGUGCUGGGGUUGGACGCACAGGUUGCUUCAUUGUGAUCGAUGCCAUGCUGGAGCGUAUCAAACACGAAAAGACCGUGGAUAUCUACGGACAUGUUACAGUAAUGCGUGCCCAACGCAACUACAUGGUGCAGACAGAAGACCAGUAUGUCUUUAUACAUGACGCGCUCCAGGAGGCCGUCAACUGCGGCACCACCGAAGUGCCCGCCAGAAACCUGUACGCCUACAUCCAGAAACUGACCCAGAUAGAGGGUGGGGAGAACGUCACGGGCAUGGAGCUCGAGUUCAAGCGUUUAGCAAACACUAAAGCCCACACGUCGCGAUUCAUCAGUGCCAAUCUUCCCUGUAACAAGUUUAAGAACCGCCUUGUUAACAUAAUGCCAUACGAGUCCACACGAGUGUGUCUUCAGCCCAUCCGAGGAGUCGAAGGCUCAGACUACAUCAAUGCCAGUUUCAUUGAUGGAUACAGGCAACAGAAGGCUUACAUCGCAACACAGGGACCACUGGCAGAGACCACAGAGGACUUCUGGAGAAUGCUCUGGGAGCACAACUCCACUAUUGUAGUCAUGCUCACCAAGCUUAGAGAAAUGGGCAGGGAAAAAUGCCACCAGUACUGGCCAGCAGAAAGAUCAGCAAGAUACCAGUACUUUGUGGUGGACCCCAUGGCGGAAUAUAACAUGCCCCAGUAUAUCCUGAGGGAGUUCAAAGUGACUGAUGCCAGGGAUGGGCAGUCACGAACAGUAAGGCAGUUUCAGUUCACAGACUGGCCUGAACAAGGAGUGCCAAAAUCAGGGGAGGGUUUCAUCGAUUUCAUUGGCCAAGUACAUAAAACAAAAGAGCAGUUCGGCCAAGACGGUCCGAUCACGGUCCACUGUAGCGCGGGUGUUGGUAGAACUGGAGUUUUCAUCACCCUAAGCAUAGUCUUGGAACGGAUGAGAUACGAGGGCGUAGUAGACAUCUUUCAGACAGUGAAGAUGCUACGGACACAAAGACCGGCUAUGGUACAGACAGAGGAUCAAUACCAAUUCUGCUACAGAGCUGGCUUGGAAUAUUUGGGAAGCUUUGAUCACUAUGCAACGUAAAACACCCAGUAUUGGAAGAUAAGAGCAGAGGGUCCUUUGGGAGGAAAAAAAACACAAAUCCUAUUGAGCCUCUCUUCUGAGCCAUAAAUUCCUGCUUGAGAAAGUACUCCUUAACUCCUUGCUAACAAUUUAAGUGUUGGAUGUGUGACAUGACUUGACAAAAAAAACAAAAAACAAGAGAUCAUUUCCGGAGGACCAAGUAUGUCCCAACCCCAAUUAAAAAAACCUUGCCUUGGUGCAAAGCAAGGGAAUCCGAACUAUUGAAGCAUCACGUGGAAUACUUUUUCUUUAUGCUUCAAGGAUUCAUUUUGGGGGCUCAUGAAACUAAAUGAAACCAACACAAGAAAAGAGUAAUCAAACAAUAAUGGCAUCGUCAGAAAUGCAUCAAUAACUUAACGAGAGACAACGGAGGCACACAGAACUGCAGAGGGAAACAACUCAAUGCACAUUGUAAAAAAAAUAAAUACAAUCUGUUUCACAAUCAAGUCCACAGAGAAACCAUUGCAAAAGAAGACGAUGCUUGGUCCACAAGAGCAAGACAGACUAAGUAAUAAUGAAUUAUUUCCUGUCACGAUGUUAAUCAUUUCAGUUUGGGGCAUCAAAAUGAAAUAAAAACUAUGAUUUAGUUUUUUUAGUACUUUUAUUAAACAA